AUGGCUACUUUUCAUCCUUUUCCGCGGUUGCCUGUCGAGCUGCGCCACCGCAUAUGGGACAUGAGCCUACAGGCCCGGGAGGUCACCGUGCAUCCCGUUUAUGGCCCCAAUGUUGUCAAAUACUAUUCCUCCUCGGCAAAGCCUCCAUCAGUUCUACACGCUUGCAGGGAGUCUCGCUUGUACCUGCAGGCCAGCUACGUACAAGCCUUCCGAGAAGGUUCCGAGCCGCGUUAUCUAUGGGUGUAUUUCGAACUCGAUACCAUCCGGAUCUCGCAGGGCAAAUUGUUGUCAAUUUGCACCCAAUGGGACUCUAUACGUCAGCUGGCCAUCGAAUGCACCGAUUACAACGCGUUCAUGGACUAUGAAAUUGAGGAUAUACAGGCACUCGCAACCACGGGAUUGAGAUCUCUGACUAUUAUCAACAUGAGAGACACACCCAGGACAGACCCCAACUGGUGGCAAGAUUGGACCGAGCCAUUCAUGGUGGAUUGCUAUUAUCGAUGCGAUCCGCUACCGUUCUUCACCAGAGUAAUCGCUCCUGGCGACCCAAACAAGGCCGAGGUCAACUCGGAAACAUACAUUGGCCAGUAUCGUGAAUUUCGCAAGACUUUGGAGGAAACGGGUGAAUACUACGUUGAUCCGUCCGAUGGCGCGUCAGAGGAUGGUAGAGAACGGUCAUUUCCCGAGUGGCAACACACGGAAUCCUGUAAUUGUAGCCGAAAAUAG